AUGUCGAUCAAUCAGUCCGUGAAGACUUUCCGUCUCUUCGAAGUGCUCCGAAGCGGGGAUACGGGUGCUAUAUCGAAGGCCAUCAAGGAGGCCAAGGAAACCGAAGGAAUCAAUGCCUGCGCCCCGGGGACAACCAUCCUGCACCUGGCAAUCCAAUGCGCCGAGCCUCAGGUCGUGGAAUACGUCCUAUCUACGGGGGAUGACCUGGAUAUCAACGCUCGCGACCGUGAGGGCAACACUCCUUUGCAUCUUGCUGCCCAGCUCGGUCGGGCUACCGUAGUGCGGGAGUUGUUGGACAGGCCGGUCAUCAAUGAUACGAUCCUCAACUACCGUGGCCAAACAGCCCUUGAUGUCGCGCGCACGCCGGAGAUCUUCCAGCAGCUUCAACUUGCGCGGUCGUUGUUCCUCGACACCAGAACUAAGGAGAUACAAGAGCUCAUCAGACAAGGGGCUUAUGAGAAGCUUGAAAGGCUCCUCGAACAACCCCGUGUUCAGGGCUGUGUUGAUGUGAAUGGUUUGGAGCUCGUGACGGAUAGCGAGACGAUACAAACAGGAGGAACUCUGUUACAUGAAGGGGCUCGGAAAAAGGAUACACAACUUCUCCAGAUUCUUCUCAUGCGCGGAGCGGAUCCCUUCCGCCGUGACAAGAAGGGCAGGCUGCCGCAGGAUGUGACCAAGGAUGACAAGACGCGGGCAAUUCUGAAGAAAUCCCCGGCUGCCGUGAUAGCGCAGCGUGGAAUCCAAGAGAAGGCCAUUCUCGGUAAUGCUGCUGCCCAGGGCAGCCCGGAGACGGUACUCGCGGGCAAGGAUGCGCGCGAGAUGAGAGGCUAUCUGAAGAAAUGGACCAACUACACGAGUGGUUACAAACUGCGUUGGUUUGUGCUCGAGGAUGGUGUUCUGAGCUACUACAAACACCAAGAUGAUGCCGGGUCCGCUUGUCGCGGAGCUAUUAAUAUGCGAAUCGCCAAGCUCCACAUGGAUUCCCAGGACAAGACACGAUUUGAAAUCCUUGGCAAGUCUUCUGUGAAAUAUCACUUGAAGGCAAAUCAUGUUGUCGAAGCGAAACGAUGGUUCUGGUCUCUGAACAAUGCUAUACAAUGGGCCAAGGACGAGGCAAAGGAGGAGGAGCGAAGACGAACGAGGACCGCAGAGGCCUUUCGGCAAGCUAAGAUGGAGCAGGUCGAUGGCCAGCCAUCAGACUGCGUGACAGACACCCCGAGUAUCGCCAGCAGCAAGGCAAACAGGAAGGGUCUCGCUCCCUCGUCCUUGGGUGUUCCAACUAGCAAUGGCUCCAGGCUGAGCACGCAGCCAUCCCGCACGACAGUGGACAGCACUACUGUAGAUGAAGAUGCUUCCAUCUAUGCUCCGUCUUAUGACCCCAGUGUUACGCAGAACGAGAUGAACAUCCGGCGGAUGUCCAGCCAGGUGACCACAAUUCCCGAUGAUGUGGACGACGACUAUGUCGAUGACGCCUCAAGCCGGGAUAUUCAGCCAGUCGACAAGGACGCUUUUAAUAUCACCGCCCAGUCCGCGAAGCUACAACUUGAGCUCCUUGCCAGCGUCUCAGCCUCGCUUCAGAACCAGAAGUCUGAGAACCCUCAAAUGCUCAUAUCAGAUCCCGCAGUCGAACAGGCGCUCGUCACUUACCAGGCUGCCGUUAGCAGUCUCAAUGGCCUUAUACAAGAUCUUCUGAAGAUAUCCCGCGACCGGGACGCUUACUGGCAGUACAGGCUAGAUAAGGAGGAAGAUACCCGCAAGAUGUGGGAGGAGAGCAUGGCCCGUGUCGCGCAGGAGCAUGAAGAACUGCAAUCUAGGAUUGGCGAAUCGGAGGACAAGCGGAGACGCACGAAGAAGGCGCUCAGAGAGGCUCUAGGAAAUGCCUCUGCGGCUACCAGCCGCCCAGUCAGUCGUGGACGAACUGAAGCACAGCUUCCUGACGUUCCGGAGACGGAGCAUGACACGGUGGACGAGUCUCUUCGACAAGAGGUUCAGGAACCGGCGGCAGUUGAUGGCGAGACUGUUGAAACAGCGGAGCUUCUGGAGAAGCCUGUACCUUCUAAGGCACCCACCCCCGUGCAGAUUCCUGACCUCAGCGAUUCCGAGGACGAGGAGGACGAGUUUUUUGAUGCUGUUGAUGCCGGAGAGAUUGAAGCCGAACCUCUAGCAGAGUCCGAGGUCAAGGUAGAAAAGCCAGUUCCGGAGGGAGAGGGCGCCAAUCUUCGUGUCAUGAAGCAAGCCGAGAUCAGCCCGUCGUUCAGAGGCUACGAGGAUCCAAUAAGGGAGAAGUUGAAGAUGGAGGCAGAUAACCGACCUAAGAUCUCGCUAUGGGGUAUCCUCAAGUCCAUGAUCGGAAAGGACAUGACGAAGAUGACGCUUCCAGUCUCCUUCAACGAGCCCACUUCUCUGCUUCAGCGAGUAGCGGAGGACAUGGAAUAUGCCGAUCUUCUGGAUGUCGCUGCGGACCGUGCUGACUCUAUGGAGCGUAUGCUCUAUGUAGCUGCCUUUGCAGCUAGUGAGUAUGCCUCGACGAUUGGCAGAGUCGCGAAGCCGUUCAACCCACUACUGGGUGAGACUUACGAGUAUGUCAGACCUGACAAAGGAUACCGCUUCUUCAUCGAACAGGUCAGCCACCAUCCGCCGAUCGGUGCGGCGUGGGCGGAGUCUCCCAAAUGGGACUACUAUGGCGAGUCUGCUGUUAAGUCAAAGUUCUAUGGCAAGUCGUUCGACAUCAACCCCUUGGGUACGUGGUUCUUGAAGCUGCGGCCUAUCACUGGCGGUGAAGAGCUCUACACGUGGAAGAAGGUCACCUCUUCCGUGGUUGGCAUCAUCACUGGAAACCCGACAGUUGACAAUUACGGGCCGAUGGAGAUCAAGAACUGGACCACCGGUGAAGUUUGCACGUUGGACUUCAAGCCUAGAGGCUGGAAAGCGUCGUCCGCGUACCAGGUUACUGGAAAGGUGAUGGACAAGGACGGACAGACGAAAUGGAGCAUUGGUGGCCGCUGGAAUGACAAGAUCUAUGCCCGCCACACUCCUGGCUUCCAUGCUGAGGUGUCGGAGCGAGACCCCGAAUCCGCGAAGACGUUCCUUGUCUGGAAGAGCAACCCUCGGCCCAGCGGCAUCCCGUUCAACUUGACACCGUUUGUGGUGACGCUCAAUGCUCUCCCUGACCGUCUGAAGGAGAACCUGCCCCCCACGGAUACUCGACUCCGUCCCGACCAGCGGGCGAUGGAGGAAGGCGAGUAUGACUUUGCCGCGACGGAGAAGAACCGUGUGGAGGAGAAGCAGCGGGCCAAGAGGAGGGAGAGAGAGAUGAAGGGUGAAGAGUAUUCUCCCAAGUGGUUUACCAGGGCAGUUUGCAUGAUGCGGGCCGGCUUCACCUGUGACCGCUGCCUCCAGAGCCUGCGGCUCAAUGUUCGAGCCCGGGUCUCCAAUGUGCGUCCUGGGUAUCUUCCGGGCCCCAGGCGGAAACAUCACCUGGCGUCUCCGAUUGCUGGAGGGUUAGACUCACGACAAAAGAGCCGCUUACAGCCGAAGGAAGCGCAGGAGUCUGGCAAGCGAUUGACUUCUUCAGCUGCUGCACGACCGCGUGUCCCAGCCGGUGCUACUGGACCGUCUCAGCAUCUCAACGAAACCCGGACGCUGCUCAAGCCGAAUAACCUAUUCCAUCCUUUUUCCAAGUCGCCCUCUCCCGCAAUUCGACAGCGCGCGGAAUUUAUCAAGCAGAAUGCCUUCUGCCCUCAUCCAAGCCACCAGCAGACUCGCCUGCCGGAUUCACCGCAUGACCCGGAAGCGAGAAAGGAUCCGCACGGCGCGCUGCCGCCGGCUCACUCUCACUUCGAGUGCCCGGACUGUGGAGUGCCGAUAUACUGCUCGGAGGAACACUGGAUGGACGAUUUCGAGGCUCAUCUAGAAGUGUGCGACACCAUCAGACAGAUCAAUGAGGAUGACCAUGACCUGCAUUCGGGACGAUUCUUCCCAGAAUUCAGCUAUCCGGGACCGCAGGAUGAUAACUUUGUCAUCAACAUGACCAACUGGGAUACGUUCUUGUAUACACGGGAGUUCCUGGCUAUCAAUGAUGACAGGAGCAUGCGGCAGGUUACCAGAAUGCUCACUUACCCGAUUACUGUCGGUAGUGUGCUGCAUGAACUCAGUCCUUACAACAUUAAGAAGGGCGGAAGACUUACAGUCGAGGGUCUGAAGAGCAUGGCUGCUCUCCGAUACACUCUACAUCCUCCCAGGACAGGUGAAGGAAUGGACAUCGCAGGUCUGCGUCUGAAGGCGCCACCGGUGCGGAUUUUCUGUCUGGGAGCUCGCGCUGAAUCUUCUCUUCCGCGUGAAGUUUGGCUGCAGCUGACGCACAUGUUCCCGCGAGCCAUCAUCCAGUUGAUUUUCAUCGGACCAGAAGCCAUGGCGAAUCGCGAUGCCGAGUUCCCUCUUCCUGAACGGACUCCGGCCAACCCGUUCGGCGGAAUCGUGGAGGACCGUCUCGGCCCCCAGAUGAAGAUCACCACAUAUGUCGACUACUUCCACACGAUGCACCAAGCCCAGUACUUCCAUCCUUACGACCCGUACUUUGACUGCUUCAUGCUCUUCCAUCCUGGUCUCGGCCACCCAGCCAGCUCAUUCGAAUGGGCAGAGACGCUACCGCAGCUGCUCGAAACCAAAGUCCCGAUCAUCUGCACAGGAUACACGCAGUGGGACAUGGACCGGGAUAUCAAAUGGGUUCACGAGAAAUGCGCCGGCGAAUUCGACAUUCUGCUAGAACCAGGCGAGAAUAUCUUCCGCAGUCUCCGAUGGGAUCUGAACGAUCUCGACCCGCACGACGUCUCCUGCGGAAACUGGGGCAUCUGGGCCUUCCGAGGAAAGAGAUACGAAGCUACCUACAAGAAUGAAUAA